AGCUGUUUCCCUCGGCCUUCCUAGAAAAAAUCCGCACAGUUUUUGUUUGUAAAUAAAAUGAAUUAUAAUGCAAAGCGCGUUAUGCGACAGAACUCGGUUUGUAUUCCGUCCAAUGAUUUGGCUUCGUCGCCGAUAAUGAUCGGGCCCGCCACUCCAUCGACUCCCGGGACUCCACAGUUGCAGACUCCGGAGGAUAUUAAGCCCAUUCAUGUUCAACGCCAAGUAAUCCUUUUACAAGGAGGAGGCAUAGCGCAGGCGAGUCCUGUUCAACAACAACAGCAGCAGCAACAACAACAUCAACAGCAGCCGCAGCCACAGCAACAUGUAAACAUGAAUGCACAAAAUUCAGGAGGCAGUGCGGCCGUCAGUAUACCCGUAGCCGAUGAUGCUCCGGUUUCUUUGCUAACAGAAAUAGCAGACAUAAUGCGUAGUUUCGGGGAUAGUGAUCAGCCCCGCAUGGCUAGCGUGAAGCUAGUGGAACAGAUCCUUCAACAGCAGCUGCGCGGUAUCUUUAACGAGGCGUCGCUGGUGGCCAUGCGACGUAAGCAGAACCCGUGUCCAUCGCAGGCGGAUUUCGAGUUUCUCAUGCGGAACCAUCCCGUGAAGAUAGCCCGUAUGCGAAAGCAUCUGAAAGACAUGCGUAUACUCAAGCGUUUUCUGAGCAUUCGCACCGGGCGGCCUCAGGACUUCAUGGAUGACCUGGAGCAGCAGGACGAGGACGAAGAACUAGCCAUUGAGGUGAAUGAGCUGCAUGAUGAAGAUCGUAUGCGCCGUUUGUUUCGUGCAGACCGUAUCUCCCAAAUUCUAACUGGCCAGCAGUACCUAGAGUUCAAUGAGGCCCGGAAGACCUCCUUUUACUGUCGACACGGUGAGAAGAUUAAGAACAAGUUCCGACGCUUUCUGGAUCUGCCGGCUGAUCUGCGCAUCCCCACACCCACUAUGAACAUCCUAGCCUAUCUGGCCCAUGAGACGAUAGCAGCCAUUGUUGAUUACUCGAUCCUGACUCGUCUCAAUUCGGAUAACCGUGCCACAGAACCGUACAGCCGCGUCACAUCCGCUGGCGGGAGUCCGGCCAUGAUGCACGUAUGUCCUGAGGUAACCCAGGGUCGGGGCAUGGAGGUGGUAAAGCCUAUCAGCGUUCCGGAAAUCCACGAGGCCAUGCGUCGGUUCCGGCAGAUGAGCAGUCGCAAAAUUGGGCGUUAUCGCAACUCUUGCGACAUUGAUUUCCGAAGGAGUUUCCUAGCUAUCUAGUUUUAUUUUUUAAUAUUGUUCUUUAUUAAAGAU